GAACAGCCCUCCUGCUUACGCGCCGCAGGCUUGGAGGACCCCAGCGACGUCCGUAGCGUGGGGCCCGGAGGACUCGGAGGCGGUGUCGCAACGGCCUGCUGGUUCCCGGCAGGGAAAUCCGAAAAGUUGUACAGAGUUUAGAACAAACAGCUCGAGAGAUUUUAACGCUACUGCAAGGGGUCCAUCAGGGUGCUGGAUUUCAGGACAUAUUGGUUAAACAGUAGGAGAACAAGAGAUGAAAUUUUGAGAGCCAUGUUGAAAAGCAGAGAUGCAUGCCCUACUUUUGGUCGUGAAAUUUGAAAAAGUUCCAAAAAGGUGUUUGAAAGCUCGAGAACAUUUUGGUACAGUAAAAACACACCUAACAUCUUUGAAGACCAAAUUCCCUGCUGAACAGUACUACAGGUUUCACGAGCACUGGCGGUUUGUGCUACAGCGUCUGGUUUUCUUGGCAGCGUUUGUUGUGUACUUGGAAUCAGAAACACUAGUGACUCGAGAAGCAGUUACAGAAAUUCUUGGCAUUGAGCCAGAUCGGGAGAAAGGAUUUCAUCUGGAUGUAGAAGAUUAUCUUUCAGGAGUUCUAAUUCUUGCUAGCGAACUGUCGAGGCUGUCCGUCAACAGUGUGACUGCUGGAGACUACUCGCGUCCCCUUCACAUCUCCACCUUCAUCAACGAGCUCGAUUCCGGUUUCCGCCUCCUUAAUCUCAAAAACGACUCCCUGAGGAAGCGCUACGAUGGCCUGAAGUACGACGUGAAGAAGGUUGAGGAGGUGGUCUAUGACCUCUCCAUCCGCGGCUUCAAUAAGGACACAGUGGCUGCCUGCGGAGAGAAGUAGGUGGCCCUUGGUGCUCCCGGCUGCCGACCCCCAGGACUCCCAGUGAGGGCGAGCGUGCCCUCACACUAACCAGGAUUGCUCUGUUGCUGCACACUGCUGUUUCUUGUGUGGUGUGAGUUUCAGAAUGGAAGCACUUCCUGGGGGUGAAAGAAUAGCCUUUACAAGGACAGCCGUUUCUUUGUUGUUUUAGUGAAUUUGCUCUGUAAUGAGUGUAUUUCAGUUUUGUCAGAAAUCGUAAAUGUCAUUCCCUUGCUACCCUGAUGCUGUUGAUACCCCGACUGAGAAGCUGUCCUGUGUGAUUCUCCCUGAAGUGACUGAUCCAUCCACGCCCAGGGUAGCCUGGGUGCCCUCUGAAAACGGAUAAUUCAAAAGGAUGGAAGCCAAGCAGAGGACAGUUUAUUUUCUGUAUCUUAUUUUAAGCCUUGUGAAUAAAUGAGAUGUUGAAAUUUUUUGCAAGGGUGUUAACAGCUCCAGGUUCUCUGUCACUGCCAUCAAAGUAUAAAAGAUUAAAUUGCAGUCAAAUUCAACAAA